GUCAAGUCACUAAAGUGAAGCAAGUAGUUCUGGCAUCAAGACUCUAUUUGAGUUUCCUCGUGGAGACUUCAUGUCAAUCUAUGUAGAAAGAUGGCAGCAGCGGUAGAGGCAAAAGAGGUUGGCAAGCAGAGGGCAUCGACAGUGGCGAACAAGGUUGGCCAACAGAGUGCAGCAAACGCGGCCGUCAGACAUUUUAAUAGCCACGCGGUUCUUAUUGAUACGUUUUUGCGACAGAAUCUGUCCGACAGCGUUGUAGAACAGGGCCUGAAGGUCAGUGGGAGAUCUACUGCACACAAGUACAACUAUGUUUGGUCAAUUUUUAAUUUUUCUAUCCUUCUCUUUUCCUCUCCCCUUUCUUUUCUCCUUUGAACCGAUUCCUCGUUUCCAACUUUGAUCCCUUUUUGCAGGGAGUGACAAGAGUUUAGGAUUCAUGCUUGAGGUUCUAAACCCUAGACCCUACUUCUAUAGCGUCGCCUUGUCAAUCUUUAAGUCCAGUCUAAAAGGGCGAGUCCAAAUAGUCAAUUUGCCACUUCAGCAUUUGUAAAUUUUGUUUCAACGGUGAAGGAAAUUAGGCCGCCGGGAGGCGAGGUUUCAGCGCAAGGACGUGUUGCAAUCAAGAAUCGGUCAUGAUUCUAUAGCAAAGAAGAGUGCGAUACUUUGUUUGAUGGUUGGAAAGAUGAGCGAAUUGUGAGCUAUACAAGGGAGAAAUCUUUCAAGAGAUUCUAUACGAGUUCUUGGGAGACGGCAUCUUCAGUUCUGAUGGUGAACUAUGGAAGAAGAAAAGAAUAGUGAUGCAGGCUGAGGCUCAGCGAUAGGUGCUUCGUGAUCACAGCCUAGUAACCUACUGGAAGAAGGCUCAUCUUCUCGCCUCCAUCUUUAGCAAGGCCUCUUUCUCUGCAACGUCUCUCGAUAUGCAGGAUCUUUUUAGAAGAAUGACCCCCGGACAAUGGUGUCCGAGGUUGCAACUGGAGUGCGACUGGGAGCACUGUCUCAUGAGCUGCCAUACGUGCCAUUUCAAUCAGCAUUCGAUGAGGCAAACGUGAAUAUGUGCUUCAUAGUGGCUGGACGUGACAGCACCUCAUCGGUACUCGUAUGCUUCAUCUACUACUUGGUGAGCAAACCUGAAGUCGCCGAAAAGAUUUAUGAUGAGCUAUGUGCAUUCGAAGCCCGGCAUCAACGGACUCCAACUCUGAAUUCUGGUAAAUAUGCAUACAUCACAAUCGACAACAUCCACGAGUUCGUUACUGUCUUCACAGUGUUCAAAUCAAAACUUUCUCCCGUGUCGCACAGCUCUGCUUCUAUAACGGUGCGUCAGUUUGGAGAGAAUGAUCUACCGUCAAUAUUGCAGUCUCGCAAUAAUUUUUUUGCCUUAAAAAGCAAAAAAGUUGAACUAUGUUAGCAUGCAAUUUGAGCCGGAAAUCAAUGAAACAGGUGUUAAAUUUUUCGACAGCAGUUGGUUUCAAACCGUAAGGACUGAAAGAGACACGUAAAACCCGACUCAUACCACCGACGUUUAUUCGUCGGAAGUGGUGUGACAGGUGAGAGACCAUAUAUAUCCACCAGUAAGCGAGGAAUAGUCGGUGGCGGAUAUAUUAAGAAUAGGAAGAGGGAAACAAAGGAAACUCAUAACGAUGUUGUUUCGUCGUACCUGGAUGUUGGAACUCUAUAAGUAUUGCUGUCAUUACCAGAGAUCCGACACAAGUAUUCGGGAAGAGUUGAAAUCAGUCUCGUGCACGGGUAGGAACAUCUUGUUGGACCUUGUUCUUGAUCGUUGAUAAGUGUAGAAUGAGUCUUUCCUAAAGGAGUAGCAGAGCUUCUUCGAGGGGCAAGGGAGGCUUCGAAAAUUCUUCCUGCAAGUACAAGUGAGUGCGCCAGCGGACUUGGGACAAGUGGGUAGCUGAGAUUCGGGAUCCAGGGAAAGGACGUAGAGUGUGGUUGGGUACGUUCAACACCAAGGAAGAAAGCAUUACAAAUUUUUGGUCCAAAUGCUCACUUGAAUUUGCCAAAUUCUCGCAUCGUCACGAAGUCAAAUCAGAAUACAGUUUUUAAGCCAUUGUUCUCCGUAUGUACAAGGAUUUUGUUUUUGAAAACAUAUCCAUAUCCUCAAGUUUCUAAGAUUACGGUGAGUUAUCAUCUGGUUCAUUUCCUAUCAUUUUAAAAAUAAAUGAC